CGAGGCCGCGCCGCGCUGCGCUCCGCUCCCAUUGGCUGCGCGCGCCUUUGUGUGGCGGCAGCUGCGGCCCCAGCGCCUUUGAAUGUCGAGAGGGGCCGGGAAGGGAGCCUUUCCAUGGGCCAUCUGUCUCCCCGCCAGCCGCCGCCCCGCCGCCGCCCGCGCCCCGCGCUCCGCCUCCCGCCCCGGCGGCUCCCGCAGCCCCGCCGCCGCCCGCGCCCGCGCCCCGGAGCCGCGCCACAAAGGGCCCGCGCGCAGCCGCCGCCGCCGCCGCCGCGCGAGGAGCCAGGAUGGUCCUGGUCCACGUCGGCUAUCUCGUGCUUCCCGUGUUUGGCUCUGUGCGAAACAGAGGUGCCCCCUUUCAAAGGUCUCAGCACCCUCACGCUACCUCCUGCCGCCACUUCCACCUGGGCCCCCCGCAGCCGCAGCAGCUCUCGCCCGAUUUCCCCCUGGCUCACCCCGUGCAGUCGCAGCCGGGCCUCAGCGCCCACAUGGCCCCGGCCCACCAGCACAGCAGCGCCCUGCACCAGCCGCUGACCCCGCUGCCCGCCCUGCAGUUCCAGGACGUCACAGGUCCCUCCUUCCUACCUCAGGCCCUGCACCAGCAAUACCUCCUGCAGCAGCAGCUCCUGGAAGCUCAGCACCGCAGGCUCGUCCCGCACCCCCGGAGGAGUCAGGAGCGUGUGUCUGUCCACCCCCACCGCCUCCACCCCAGCUUCGACUUCAGCCACCAAUUGCAGACGCCUCAGCCCAGGUAUUUGGCUGAGGGCACUGACUGGGAUCUCAGCGUGGACGCUGGCUUGAGUCCUGCUCAGUUCCAGGUGCGGCCCCUCCCUCAGCACUAUCAGCAUUACCUGGCGACGCCUCGGAUGCAUCACUUCCCCCGAAAUUCCUCCUCCACACAGAUGGUGGUCCAUGAAAUUCGCAACUACCCUUACCCUCAGCUUCACUUCCUUGCUCUCCAGGGACUAAAUCCCAGCAGACACACUUCCGCUGUACGGGAGAGCUAUGAGGAGUUGCUGCAACUAGAGGACAGGUUGGGAAAUGUGACUAGAGGAGCUGUACAGAACACCAUUGAGAGAUUUACCUUCCCUCACAAGUACAAGAAGCGAAGACCCCAGGAUAGCAAGGGGAAGAAAGAGGAGGGGGAAGAGUCAGACACGGAUGAGAAAUGCACAAUCUGCCUGUCUAUGCUGGAAGAUGGAGAAGAUGUGAGGCGUCUUCCCUGCAUGCAUCUCUUCCACCAACUGUGCGUGGACCAGUGGCUGGCCAUGAGCAAAAAAUGCCCCAUCUGCCGAGUGGACAUUGAGACACAACUGGGAGCUGACAGCUGAGGGAAGAGUUAGCCAGUGGACACCCCAUUUUUCCUUCACCAGGUCCCCCCACGGCCAUAGCCCUUGCAGCCAAACUUUGCCUUCUGAGCCAUUUGAUGUAGAGGAUGCGCCUGCAAGCACAUUUUGUGGAAAGAGUUGGUGGAGUCCGUGUCGGAGGGGAAGGCGGGGUGGGGCAGGAGGCGUCCACCCAGAGUGGUGACCGUCCUCAUCCCCUCACUGCGCGGAAGGGAGGGAGCUGGCCGUGCCUGGAGCGGGGGUGGGAAGGGGGGCCCCCCGUUGCUGAGAAUCUAGGUGUGACCCUACAGGUCCUAGCUGUUAGUGCGGCCCCUCAAUCCUGUCCUUCAAAGGAUUGUACAUAUACCUCUCGACCACGUAGAAACCAUGUAGGGGUCUCUAGCUAUUUCUGUGGAUGGCAGCCGGAGCAUGUUAGCUUAAGAAAAAUGUCGUGUGUGGUGCUCUAGUCAUCUUGUGGUGGACAUGUCACUAUUACCGAAUCCGCACCAAAUAUUUCUCAUGAGUUUCUUGUUUUGGUGCCUGACUGAACCCUACCAACGACAGCCCAAAUCUUCCCGUCUUUCUGAGUGGAAAGGGAAAAGGAAUCGAAGGUGGAAAAACAAACACAAAAAGCCAAAUCCUGUUUACGGUGAAAAAAGAAAAAAAAAAGUUUUUUUUUUCUCCCAGCUUGGGAGGCGGGAGGAGGGGGGAUGGUGUUUCUGUUUUGGUUUGUCUUUUUUUCUUUGCUUUUGUUUUUCUCAUGUUUACAGUGCACGGAGCGUGUGUGUGGGGGGGGGUGAAUGGGACAGGGGAGGACUGGAAAAGGAGCAAGUGGGGGGUCUGAGAUGGGUCCCUGAGGGCUGUGGCUGAGGUGGGGAGUUAAUUCUGAGUAGGUGAAGGCGGGGUGGGGAAUACUGUUUCAGGGGAAGGUCCCAGUUCCAGUGUUUCUCUCCUUAGUCCCAGCCAUCACCCUCACCCUCACCCCAUUCCACACAGCCACAGGGAGGGGUUGCCCCCCAGGCCCCUCUUUUUUCUGUUGACUAUAUUCAUGCUCACUCACAAGACACUCAUUUGGCCACUGAAGCAAACACUUAAGGAGAGGAUGAAGACUGCAGACGAGUGUAAUGGACACUCAGCUUUGGCCAGAGAGCUCCAGGCUAGCUCCAGUCAGGGGCUGAGGUCAGACACUGUGGACUUGAGAGUCAUCUUGAGCUUCCUUUGGGAUGCCUUAGACAGUUGAUGGAGUCCCUUAGUAUACCUGGGCCUGGAGGCCACGGGGGCUGGGACUGGGAGACCCUGUGCCCUAACCUCCAGUUCCUUGAUAACCGUGGCAAAUCCCUUUCUUCCUCUGUGCCUCAGUUUCCUUCUCCUUGGAGCUGGGAGAAGCAGCACACCCCCAUUUCCACUUCCUCUACCUCACUGGAAGAUGUGAGGAUUCAUACUCUCUGCCUGGUCCAUUCAGUGCUCUCUCCUGGGGAGCCUCCUAGGAGUUGAGCAUUGGAGCCUCGAGGGACAGAGUCCAGAAAGUUCUUAGUGACAUCAAAUAGAGUCUCUCUCUUCCUACGCCAUCCUGCAAAUUUUCUGAACCUCCCAAGAAGCAGACAGAUGUGAGGAUGGGAGAAUGGAGAUGGUAAAAGUCACCAAAUUUCAACUCCAUCCCAAUAUCCUUUUCCCCUAAGUCUGGAGGAAACACCAGCUGGAUCGAACUUUGCUUUCUUCCUCAACCCCUCUCAUUUUCUCUUCCCCCCAAAAUACCCCACCUUAACCCCAUUCCCACCUCAAGGCCCUCUAGUUAAUAAGGGAAGAGUAAGGGGGUUAAGACUCUUAGCACAUAGCUGAGGAAAUUCCGUAUGAUGAAGGAAAUUCUAGUGCAUCGCUGUCCCUGGGGGAAAGCCAGGACCAAAGCAACAUGCACACAUAGUCCAUUUAGGGCUUCUGUUGUGACCAGCGUCUUCAGGGCCACAGGCUGGACUUCCACCAGCGGCAGCACCACAUCUGCUCCAGGCAUUCAGGGGAAGCUCGUAACAGCUUAGGACCCAAAGUUGGGUGCUCCCGUGGGUGCCUCCUCCUCUUCCCUGCUGGUCAUGGCAAAUCCCUCCCAUCUCCAUGUCCAGGCUCAUCCUCUCUGAGGCUGGUUGAGCUGUGGUUCCACAGCUCGGAGGAGGCUGGGCGCCAAGGAAAGCUGGUCCUGGAGUCUUCCCAGACUCUUUGAGCUCCUUCAAGCAAGCUCCUUCCUCUGGGAUCCAGUUUCCUUAGCAGUCACACAGGAGGUGUCAUUGCUGACUCUGCCCAGCACCCAUACUCUCUGAUUUUCUGGGAUAGCUGCACCCCUUUAAGUGGGGAGCGCCCUGGGUCCAUGAAGUUCUUUGACUUUCCAUGUACCCCAACAUCUGUUCCAGAGGUGCAGUGGGGACUAGCAGAUCUCCCCUCUACCUGCUCCCUAUCUUCAGCAGGCACCUGAGCACCCCAGGUUAGCUGACUACAGUGGGGGCCACCCAAAGGGGCUGGAAGUCAGCCACAGGCUUUGGGGGUAGCUCCCGGAUACCCCCUCUUGUCCUACUCUCUCCAGGGUCCUGUCCCCUGCAGCAAUGCACAGGAGGGGACCUGGACCCCAUUUCCCCCAGCAUUGGGGAAAAGGGGAGAAGGUCUGCAUUUCUGGUUCCUUAAGAACCCCUUCCCUGCACUGGGAGUCCCAAUUUGACCAGGGAACAUGGGAAGAGCAGGGAAAAGGCAUCUCCCUUCAUAAGGGGAGACACCCCACCCCACAGUCCUUCUUUCAGUCAACUCCAGGGCCUCGGACCCUUGACGGAGACGCAUGAGUGCCUUGUGGGGUCAGAGCUGCCCUGGGGUUCUAGUGGGGCUCCCUAAAGCUGAGGACACCAAUCAAUGAGACCCACGCUGCCUGGAGCAGAGCGCCUCGGGGCUCCUCUACGAGCCAGGAUCCUCCCCUUGGGGCACCCCAGCAGCCCUGAUCGCCCCCCCUCUGUGGCCGGACUCAAGCUCCUCUGCAAAUAUUCCCAGCCUCCGUGCAAGUAUUUUGAACUCUUUACGCCUAAUGAACAAGCACAGUUUUUUCAAUGGUGAAUAAAAAAGCACCAAGUUUUGUUUCCCUGACCUUGAUGCUAUCCCGCCCCCCCAAGUCCUACCCCCUCCCCGCCGCCUGCUGGCGGGGGGCAGACACUCCCCAAUUGGGGCUGUAGCAACCUCUGUCAGGUCCCCCCACCCCGUGUUUCAUCUGCGCGCGUAGAGCAAAUGCUAGAGCGAUUUCAGCUGAUAGAAAAACAAAAACGAAAAAAAAACAAAAAAAAACACAAAAACAUGGCACGUUGCUAGUUUACAGGGUUUUGUGAGUUUAAAUGCCUUAUAUUUAACAAUCAUAAUUUAUGACUAACUUGUAGAUAGCGUGGGUUCUUAUUUAAUUAUUUUUAUAGUUGUUUUGCAUUUUUAAUUAUAAUUUAUUUAUUUAGAAAGGAUACUAAUUUUUUUUAUUACUCCUAUUACCUCAUUUUGGCGUUGUUUCUGGGAGUGGAAUGCUUCUGCAUGCGUCGGUACGAUGACAAACGACUACAAAAACAAAAACAAAAAAAAAACUACAAAAAAAGACUUUAAAUAAAAUGCCGCGAACUUUAUUUCGUCCAAAAUAUCAGGGUGUGUGAUCGCAAGCUGUCGUACUGUGGUGCUGGCCUCUUUGGGUACAUUCCAUACGAAAUGCAAACCUUUGAUUCUGUAUGCUGUGACCUAGUGACCAACCCCAAUAUAGUGACUGUAUUUAGCACAUACAUAAAUAUAAUUUGCACUCGUCAGCCAACUGGGGUAAUCCUUUCACUUGCUACCCUUGACCCCCACCCCCACACUUAUUGUUAACCUCUUUCCCUUUUUCCAUCACCCCUCCCCAGCCCAGCCUCCCUGUCUAUCCUCCAAGGAAUUUGGGGGGUCGCUAGAGACCAGCCCCUCCAGUAGGUCUCUCCAUUCUGCUCAGGAACUUGGCCCUCCAACAUCGCGAACAGGAGCGGCUGGGAGCCCUGAAGCCGGCUUUCUCCACUCCGGCCCUGCCUGGGCUUUCUAGCUCAGGAGCUGUUGGGUGUUCCCACCAAACUUGAACUAACGUUUGUUUGACCUCCCUGAGCCUUCAUUCUCAACAUAGGGGUGAGGGAGCCCCAGACCUGGAUACAGGACAGCUCAGAUGCAAGAACAAAGAAGUGGAGGGGAGGGGGCAGGAAACAGGCAGGGGCCGGGAGGCUGAGCAGCCUGUGAGCAGGAAGGACUCUCGCUGCUGCUGGCUUACCGGAGGACUCUGGGUGGGCUGUCAGAUGUGCCCCUGGAACCAGGACAGGAGCUGUCUUGAGGCUCCUGCUCAGCUCCAGGGUCAGUUGUCACCCAGGUCGUGGGAGCUAGGGGGUGGGCAGACAGCCUAGCAUCCCCACAUGACAGGGUUGGGGGUCCCCUCCUGCCCCCUCCCGAAGGCUCUAUUGUGGCCUCUGGUUCUCUCCUCCCCAGAUUCUCCUCCCGCACCGCGGCCUUUGCUUCUUGGGGGCUGGGGCUGAGCCCCGACUUCUCAGAGGAGAGCAAAGGUAGGGUCGGUGGCACUGUUUGUAGUGGGGAGCCCAUGGUGGGAGCGGGAGGAAAUUGCCCCCUCCCAGAGGUGUGAGCACACGGGACUCUGGGCUGGCUGCGCCUGCCACUCCCCUCCCCGCAUGCGCUCUCCCCUCUCCUCUGCUUCGCCUUUUCCAGCUCACCCCUCCUCUGGCCUCCUGACAUCACUGCCUUCGCCUGGUGGAGAGGUCCCCCGUUUCCCUGAGGCCUCUGGGGAUGGUGCUGAUGGGGAGGGAGUGGUCCUCCCCGCCACACUGCCUGGCCAGGCUGGGCAGAGGCCGGGGGCAUGCCUGGUCCCUUAGCCAUGCAGGGUCCCCAAGCCCCAACUUUGCUCUGGCUGGACUUCCGGUCCGGUUCUUGGGCCUCCUGCCUGCUGCCUGCCCAGCCUCCCCACUGGCCUCUGGCCUGGAGCCUUGCUCUCGCUCUCCUUGGACAUGGCCCGUGGAGUUGCCCCCCCGGGCCUGGCAGACACUGCCCCUUGGCAGGGCUCCUGGACGGACAUGCCUUAUGCUGCUCUGCAGGGUCAGAGUGGGAAGGGACCCUUUGCCCUGGCUGGCCUGUGCCCCCUCCCCGCCCUUCCCGCUGCUUCCUCUUCCCCAGCCCCACCCCUGGCCUUGGCUGUGGCUCCUUUCUCAGCUCUGAGCCAGGGGCACCAGGCCCUCCAGGGGGUAAUCUGGUUGCCCCUGGUAAGUGAAAGGAUUAUCCUCAGUGUUGAUUGUCCUUUUUUGUAAUCCUCCUGCUGUUCUGUUCCGUUGUGCUGUGCAACAUUUUGCUACAUAGACUAUUUUAUAGCAGAAAGCUAGAAGAAUAUUUAUUAUGAAUAUUAAAGCAAUAGUGCAUCAAUGAAAAGGCGGAGACAUUAGGAAUUGUGUAAAUGCUUAGAUUCACUUUUGGUGGAUUUUUUGUACUUUAUUUAUAACUAAUAAAAAUGAACUGCAUUGCUAACUACA